AUGUCCGACGUCGCAGCUGUCACCGCGACCGCCGUCCCUUCGUCCCGGGCCAACACGGACACAGCCCAUCAAGUCGGCGGACUACGAGGACGAUCCGAGUCUUCGUCCUCGGAAGAACAGGAUGAACUCGCUCAAGCGUUGGAGAAGAGUCUGGAGAAGAAGGUCUUGCGAAAGGUCGAUUUGUUGUUGAUGCCGUGAGUUGCGGGGAUGGUUGUUCGGUGGAAGUGGUUUGGGGUUGUGGGGUUUAGGUAUGACCUCGGGGCCUUGAACUGAUCAUUCUUCCUCGUGUCACAGCAUCUUGACUAUGACGAUCGGAUUGCAAUACUACGAUAAAGCUGUGCUAAACUCGGCCAGUCUCUUUGGGAUCAUCAAAGACUUGGUGAGGACUCACGACGCUCGUUGGAGUUGAGAAAAGCUUGACUCACCCAAGCACCUUUCGUGUUUCACAGCACCUCUCUACAACACACAACGGCGUCACUUCGACACUACGAUACUCAACUGCCAACUCGGCCUUCUAUUGGGGUUACAUCGUCGCUGUCGUACCGUUCGCGCUUUUGCUGCAACGUUUCCCUACGGCCAAGGUCCUCUCGCUAUGCAUGUGCGUUACGAUCGUGGUUAUAGUACUCGUGCACGCUCACGAACCUAGUGCCACCUCAGCAACUCACAGCUUCUUGUGGGGUGUCGUAUGCGUUCUCACCGUCGUCGUCAAGUCUUACGAGGGUCUGGUAGUGCAGCGCGUGGUAUUGGGUGCGCUCGAGUCAUCGGUCUCACCUGGCUUUGUGCUCAUCACGGGGCAGUGGUAUCGCAAGUCCGAACAAGCGACUCGAUUAGGUGAGUCUCGACACCGUGGUCUAUUUGGAAUAUUGAUGCUCAUCCUUCCUGGCCCUUUUCAGGUAUUUGGUACUCUGCAACCGGAAUCUUUAGCGUCUUCUCCGGUGUGAUCAACUACGGCCUCGGAUCCGCCGGAGGGUCACUCGCGCCCUGGAAGUACAUGUACCUCUUUGCCGGCGCAUGGACCAUCCUCUGGGCCUUCGUAGUCCUCUACUUCAUUCCCGACUCACCUCAAGAUUCUCACCGAUGGUUCAACGAAGAAGAGCGUCGAACUCUCCUCGCUCGUUCUCGCAAAAAUAGAACGGGAGCGAUCGGUCCAAGCACGUUCAAAUGGAGUCAUGCGAGGGAAGCCGCGACGGAUGUCAAGUUGUACCUCUACCUCCUCAUCUCCUCCGCCAUAUACGUAUGCAACGGUGGUGUAACGGCGUUCGGAGCUCGAAUCGUCAAUUCCUUCGGAUACUCACCAUUGAAUACUAUUCUAUUGCUCAUCCCUGGUGGCGUGUUCACGAUGGUGACGAUCUACCUCUUUACUUGGCUUGCGGGGAGGUGGAAGAACUCGAUCACGUAUUUGAUCCCGAUCAGUUGUGUGCCGAUCGUGGUGGGAAGUUUUGUGAUUUGGUUGGCGUCGUGGAAACAUAGGGGGGUGCCGUUGUUUGGAUGUGAGUUCCUGCAAGCCGGGGGUGAGGUGGGUUGAUAGGGUGUUCGAUCGAAUGCUAAUCUGCCCUGUUAUCUGUACAGAUUAUCUCAUCCCUUGCUUCGGCGCACCGUGAGCCGAUAAGCAUGAUAAAAAAAAACUUUUUCAAAUCGACUGACGGGUCAGAUCAUCCUGCGUUGGCACACAGAUACGUCCUACUGCUCGCGACCUCGACGGCCAACAUUGCCGGUUCGACGAAGAAGGCCAUCGCGGCGGGUUUCAUCUUCAUUGGGUACAAUGUUGGGAAGUACGUAUGAUACACCGCCUGGUCACUCGGAAAGAAAUUACUGAUUCGUUCUCUGGUCCCCCCCUGACUGACCACAGUAUCGUCGGCCCUUACCUCGUCUUCACGCCCGACCGCGUACACAAGUACCGUAAAACUUGGAUCUCCCUCAUCGUUUGCAUGUGCGUUGCGUCAGUCCUUUCUCUUGCUCUGAGGUAUGUCAUGGUGAGGGAGAAUAGGGAGCGGGAUCGAGAGGCUGCUAGUAGGGGAGAGAAGGAGGAGGAGAAGGACAUUUGGGAGCAAGGGGAGGAGAGGGAUUACACGGAUGGGGAGGAUAGGGGUCUUCGGUACACGCUAUAG